AUGUCCAGAAACUCUAACGACCUCGAGCCUGCAAAGACGACAUCGAAUCCUGCAUCAUUGGCAUUACCAGCACCACUGCCGCAGCAAUCAGCUCUCGCAUCGUCGUCAAGUAAUAUGGUCGCGGGUCAGAAACGUUCAUCGUCACCGCCUAAGGAUCCCAUUCCAACACAGCGUCGCCGGUCAGUCAUGAUGGAAACAGCCCCUUCUUUGGAUAACCAGGAAUGUCAACAGCAGCCGCAGUCGCAGAGCCAGGAACAGAGCCCGAUAAGCACAGGGCAAACACCAGAGGGCGAUGUUGACUGCAAAGCACCCAACGUCCGCGAGAUUAAAUGUCGUACAGCACUUUGCUUGUACACAAAGUUCAAUGACAGUAAACGCGCCAGCGCGAUUUUCGCGUUGUGCUGCAAUAUGAUGAGCAUGUACAACAUGUCUCCAGAGGAGGCUUUCAAAGCAUUUACCGAUGUCGAGCCAAAGACCACACCCUAUCGCGACGUGUGGGGCCGGUCCCAGCCUUCCCUCAAGGAAAUCAUUGCCAGGAAAUUCAUCAGUGGAAUCGCUACAGACGACAACACCUUGCCCACCACAACGCCGUCGCCUGACUCCGAGAGCAAGAACAGCAGCGCCACUGAUGGCAAAACAGAGGACUCAGCGAAUGCUAGCGCGACAGUAGCUCUAUCAAGCCCCAGCGACAGCCGCAGCGAUGCUUCUGCUUCCAAGGAGGACAACGACGUGGAUACUAGCAAAAACAGCAACUCCGCCUCACUUCCGUGCACACGGAUUCCACCAUGCAGAUUUGACCUACGCAGGCGGUACCUGUCCGUCAUUGAGACUGGUACAGAUGUUUUGCUGGUAUGUGAGGAGGCGAUCGGGGAUGCCCGUCAAAGAGACGUCUUCAGUGACGAUCUGAGCGAUAUCAGCGACGAUUAUGACAGUCUUCAUGGCGAUGAAAGUCGACGCGUCGGUGGAGACGACUGGAUACUUGCGGAUUAUGCGACCAGGGAGCGUGUUGGGUCCCCAGCAGAACUAACUGGCGGCAAACGAGCGGAAGAUUCGAAACAGUUCAAGGUUCAACGAUCCAUGGGAGUUUAGGAUAUGAAGGUGCAG